AUGCUAUCAAAAAAGUGUACUCAUAUAAGAAUCAGAGAUAGUAACGACUAUGAUCUCGAUAUUGAUCGUUUUAUAAAAUCGUUAGAAAAAGAAUAUAAGAUCGAUUUUCGGACUCUACCGAGAUGGGAGUACUUGGUACAACGUUUGCAUGUUUCAGCCACCGAUUGCAAACGUAAAAUUCAAGAUGCUUAUCGACGAAAGGCUUUGAUAGUACAUAAAUUAUAUAUGCAAUCAACUCGACCAUCUCCUUUUCAGUUAACUGAUGGUUUAUGUAGAACAGCCGACAAGUGGCGUAAGAUGGAAUUGGAUCGAAAAAGAACAAGAAAGGUAUCAGAAGACGUAGUAAAAGAUGUAUGGUCAAUAUCAGUUCCAAUAACUGAAGAUUUUUCAGAAACUUUCCAUCCAAAUACUGAAAACAUUUCAUUGGAAACUGGAGAGAAUGCUGAAGUUGUAGAAUCGAAAACUGACAUUGCAAUUCAAGCGGAACCGUCAAUAGAGUCAACUAAGUUACCUGAUGUCAUAAUUACUAACCCUCACAAACUAAUUUCUCCUAUGGGAUCACAGUUCUCUGGUUUAAGUUACAGGUCACUUUUUACUGAAGAUGCUUUGACAGGUAAAACAGAAAGUGAGAAAGAAGAGUGGCAAUGUUUAAAACAGACAUCAGCAGUUAAGUGUACUCCAUCACCAAUUUCUCUGACCAACGAUGCUCUAAGCCAACAAGUUAUUAAAUUCACGUUGACAAAUUGUACGUAUCAGUCUGUGUUCGUUCGAUUAAAAUACAUUUUGGAUAAGUCUUAUUUUCGAAAAAUCAAGAUCUUGCCAAUUUUCCAAAAGAAGCUGUGCCCUGGUUUACCUGAAGUGUUUACAUUGAUAUUUAAACUUGUAAAUCAAGAAGAAUUUAAAACAGGCAUAUAUUUUAAAAUUGGCUUCGAUGUUUACGAUAAUGUUCCUGCAGAAUCGUUAUGUGUGCCAAUAAUCAGUGAGUUCACAAAGGGCCGAUGUGUGAUAGUAUCCGAGAACAUAAAUAUACCGCCUGUUUAUCCUUGGCAUCUAAAAACAAACGAUCAGUAUUCUUCUGAAUAUAUUCAUAUAACUCUACGUGAUCCAUUUCCUUAUCACUUACAUAUUUAUAAAAGAGUGAUGGAUUUAAGUCAAGAACCAAUAGUUACUAUACAAGCAGACGGGGUAAAAACCGAGUUUGUUACAGAGAAAAUAGAACAAAAGGUACAAACGGAGGUGGUGGUAAAUACUGAGGUAGUUACACGUAAAACAGAUAAGACACUCGACACUCAUAAACUCGAUAAUAAAUCAAAAGUAUCAAUGCAUUCGCAUUUGCUACCUGAAAUUUCAUCGGAAACAAGAAUGGCACAAGAAGCCAUGGCUUCUAUUGCUCAGGGUAUUAUUGAACUUGCUUUGGAUACUUUUAUGCUUGAAACAACGUAUUUGUAUCUAAAACCCCAUGAAAUAACAAAAAUUCCGGUAUAUUUUACAAAAGUUGAACAUACUGGCUAUCACCAAAGUUACUAUGAUUUUCUAUUCAUUGAUACAAAAACAGAAGAAGUUGCGAUGAAGAAAAUCGUAAAAAUCUACGCAGAAGUACUUCCACAUCCAAUAAAAGUGCAACCUGUUAUAUUAGACAUGUCGAAAUCAUCAGUUAAACAUGGUUAUUGUGAAGAUAUUUUCGUAGUUAGCAAUACCCACAGACUAUAUCCUGCUAUUGUUAAAAUUAAAUUAACUACGAAGAUGAAAAAGAUGUUUUAUGUGGAACCUAUGGAAACUACAAUCCCUGGAUCAGCCUCCGUGCCAUUUUCUGUGAAAUUUUGUUCUAGAGAUUUCUUAUCAGUCAAACCAAGCGAAGAUUUAGUUCAUUUCACAUUCAAAAUAGUUAUCAACGGGUACAAAGCAGUUUACGAAAAUAUACCACCGUACUUCUAUGAAGUAAUUGCUCCAUGUGCAGUAGAAUUCAAAAAGGUUUAUAAUGAAAAAUUCUUUAAAGAAGAAGGCAACGAUAAUUAA